AUGGAGAUCAACAAACCAAGUGAACCAGAGGAUCCAUUGCCUUUGCAAUCACCACUAUCGGCAGUUGUUGCAGUAGCUAUCAAUGGGAAGAGAGAGAGUAAAUAUGUAGUGAGGUGGGCACUUGAGAAUUUUAUUCCUGAGGGAAAGGUGGUAUUCAAGCUGAUACAUGUACGCGCAGUUCUCUCAUCUGUCCCUACUCCAAUGGGAAUCAUGAUCCCAAUAACAGAAGUGAGAGAAGAUGUAAUUGCUGCUUAUAGGAAGGAAGUGAAUUGGCAGACACAUGAAUUACUUCAUGCUUACAAGAUAAUGUGUGUCAAGAAAAAGGUGCUGGUAGAUGUAGUCGUGCUUGAAUCAGAGGAUGUGGCAAGUGCACUAGCACAAGUGGUUCAUAAGAGCAAUAUCACCAAACUAGUCAUUGGAACUUCUACUCCCGGACUUUUCUCAAGGAAAACCGGUACUCUAUCAUCAACAAUCUCAGCAAAAAUUCCAAGCUUUUGCACGGUAUAUGCAAUCUCAAAAGGGAAAUUGUCAUCUAUCCGCCCAUCAGAUAUGGAGACUAAUGGAAACACUAAAGAUGACUACAGUGACACAAGCUCUACCAGCGGUUCAUCUGGUUCUGGCUCACAGAGAGGCUCUCAGGCUCCUUCAAUUAGAAGUCAAAUGUUUGCAAGACCGAGCUCUGUCAAUGUGAAUCACUUGCGGUGUCAGUCUCUAGGUAGUGAGGAAGGGAAUGACCCCAUUACUACACACUUUAGAGAGUCUAGUCUACAAAGCUUGAUGUCAGAGACUGAGUCCAGGAUGUCCAAUCAGGAAUCCAUCUCUGAUGUAUUAUCAGGGUACUCUACAAGCGAAAGUCAGGCAAAUCUGAACUUUGAGCUGGAAAAGUUGAGAAUCGAACUCAAUCAUGUCCGUGGAAUGUAUGAAAUGGCCCAGAGUGAAACGGUUGAUGCCUCUCAAAAGCUUUACAAUCUCAAGGAAUGGAAAUUGGAGGGAGAGAAGAUGUUAAAAGAGGGCAAGUUUCGCGAGGAAAUGGCCAAGGAGUUAGCAAGGCAGGAGAAGGAGAAGUAUGAGGCAGCGAAGAAAGAACUUGAAUUGAUGAGGGACCGUGCUGAAAGAGAAGCCUUAAGAAGGAAAGCGGCAGAGACAAAAGCUGAGCGGGAUGCAAGAGAGAGGGAAAAGAUCAGCAAUGCUCUAGUGGAUCAGAUGCAGCAGUACCAGAUAUUCACAUGGGAAGAGAUUGUUUCUGCCACAUCUUCAUUCUCCGAAAGUCUAAGGAUGGGAAUGGGAGCAUAUGGAACAGUCUACAAGUGCAGUUUGCAUCACACGAAUGUUGCUAUCAAAGUUCUUCACUCAAAGGAGAGUCAAAACUCAAAGCAAUGUGAUCAGGAGCUUGAGGUAUUGAGCAAAAUUCGCCAUCCACAUGUGCUCCUUCUAAUCGGUGCAUGUCCUGAUCGUGGUUGCCUCAUCUACGAGUACAUGGAAAAUGGAAGUCUCGAGGACAGGUUGCUCCAGAAGAACGGCACGCCUCCCAUCCCAUGGUUUGACAGGUUUCGCAUUGCCUGGGAAGUGGCCAGCGCUCUUGUUUUCCUUCACGAUGCGAAGCCUAAGCCAAUCAUCCACCGCGAUCUCAAGCCAGCGGAUAUAUUGCUGGAUAAUAACCUUGUGAGCAAGAUUGGUGAUGUUGGACUCUCGAGUAUGCUUCACGCUGAUCCAUCCUUACCAAGCAUAUUCCAGAACACAGGGUCUGUUGGAACACUGUGUUACAUAGACCCUGAGUAUCAAAGGACAGGAUCGGUUUCUCCGAAAUCCGACGUGUAUGCUUUUGGGAUAGUCAUUCUGCAGCUUCUGACUUCAAAGCCAGCAAUAGCACUCACUCAUAUGGUGGAAAGAGCACUUAGUGAAGGAUCUCUAAUGGAUGUCCUAGAUGCAGAUGCCGGGGAUUGGCCACCCGAAGAGACAGAGGAACUGGCUUUAUUAGGAAUCUGUUGUGCCGAACUUCGGAGAAAGGACCGGCCCGACUUGAGAGAUCAAGUUCUUCCCGUCCUUGAGAAACUGAAAGAAGUUGCCAGCCAGGCCAAAGACGCGACAAGCUGGGUUAAACUUGCACCUCCUAGCCAUUUCAUUUGCCCGAUCAGUCAGGAUGUGAUGAAGGACCCUUACGUUGCUGUGGAUGGAUACACUUACGACCGCAGAGCGAUCGAGAAGUGGCUAGAAGGCAACGACAAAUCCCCAAUGACGAACUUGCCGCUUCCGAAUAAGCAUCUCAUUCCGAACUACACUCUUCUCUCCGCAAUUAAGGAGUGGAAGUCCCUAAACCAUUGAGAUAACAUCUGCACUAAAUGUGCACAUGAAGGCUC